AUGGCACUGCGCACUGGGACGGCUUGGUUUGGGCAAGUCCUGCGCCGAGCCUCCAGGCUGCAGGGUACUUGGUCCAGGAGAUCCAGUAGCCUCCUGUGUCUUUCCUCUUCCCAGGAACACGAGCAGGGAGUAGGGAGAGGUGACCAACCCUGCAUACACCACCACCACCACCAUCACAGCCACCCCCUCCACUCCCACUCUCCAGGUGCCCAGCCCAGCCAUUGCUGCCUGCAACUUCCCAGCGGCUGCUGCGCCCUCUCAGACAGGACGGGGGGACAUGAUCCCCUCACAAGCCGGUUGCUGGUGGCCAUGAAGAGGCAGAACGUGCGGACUUUGUCCCUCAUCAUCUGCACGUUCACUUAUCUGCUGGUCGGGGCCGCUGUCUUUGAUGCACUGGAGUCAGACUACGAAAUGCGGGAGGAAGAGAAGCUUAAAGCCGAGGAGAUCCGCCUUAAAGGGAAGUAUAACAUCUCCAACGAUGACUACCGGCAACUGGAGCUGGUCAUCAUGCAGUCCGAGCCUCACCGGGCAGGGGUUCAAUGGAAAUUUGCAGGAUCCUUUUACUUUGCCAUCACAGUCAUCACCACUAUAGGUUAUGGGCAUGCCGCUCCAGGCACGGAUGCUGGAAAGGCGUUCUGCAUGUUCUAUGCUGUGCUAGGAAUCCCUCUUACCCUGGUCAUGUUCCAGAGCCUUGGUGAACGAAUGAACACCUUUGUGAAGUUCCUCCUAAAAAGAAUCAAGAAAUGCUGCGGCAUGAGGAGCACAGAUGUCUCAAUGGAGAACAUGGUGACAGUGGGCUUCUUCUCCUGCAUGGGGACAUUAUGCAUUGGAGCUGCAGCCUUUUCCCAUUAUGAAGAUUGGAGCUUUUUUCAAGCGUAUUAUUAUUGCUUUAUAACUUUAACUACAAUAGGAUUUGGAGACUAUGUGGCCCUUCAGAAAAACAGGGCCCUCCAAAAGAAGCCAGUCUACGUGGCUUUUAGCUUUAUGUACAUUCUAGUGGGUUUGACAGUCAUUGGGGCAUUUCUUAACUUAGUUGUUCUCAGGUUUUUAACCAUGAACAGUGAAGACGAAAGGAGGGAUGCAGAGGAACGGGCAUCUCUUGCCGGAAAUCGGAGCAGCAUGAUCAUCCACAUCCAAGAAGAUUCACAACAUGGUCGGCCUCGAUAUAAGACCGAAGUUACAGACCUUCAGUCAGUUUGCUCUUGCAUGUGCUACAGGUCUCAUGAGUACACCAGCAGGGUGGUAUCUCAUCAAAAUUCAUUCAGCUCCAAGCUGAACCCACAGUACUUUCAUUCUAUAUCUUACAAGAUUGAAGAAAUAUCACCAAGCACAUUAAAAAACAGUCUCUUCCCAUCUCCCGUUAGCUCUGUUUCUCCUGGUUUGCACAGCUUUACAGAAAACCACAGGCUAAUGAAAAGGCGAAAGUCUAUCUAA